AUUAAAACUUGUUGUUCUGAAUUUUGUCAAAACUUUCAAAUAACUAAUCAAAUAUACCUUUUGUUUCCAAACAAAAGAGAAAAUUCGAAAGUUUGUGGUUUGUCGCAGUCUAAGUGAAUUGAGGAAGCACAAAAGAACACAGUCAAGUCCUACUAGAUAUUUUGACAUUUCACUCCCUAGAAAAUGCCAGCCACAAAUUACAACUGGCCGUUCAAUGAACAGCAGCCAAUAUUUCAAGUGUAUGGUACAAAGAGAAAAAACUGUGCCGAGGAAUCCAGCCAGGAUGUUGUGGAGGAAGUAGAGACAAAGCGAAGAUGUACAGAAGCGAGACAAAGCAUGGAGGAGGAGGAGGGCAUGACAGAUAGUAUGGAUAUCACAGGGAACACAGACUCUGAGGUACAUCAGUCACAAACAGUCCAGUCACAGAUCUCAUACCCAUACAUGUCACACUCACAGUGUAGUGCAGUGUCACAUACUCAUCAUCAUCAUCAAGCGGCUAUGCAUUCAAACACAAGUAUUCAGGAUCUGGCUCAACAUCAUUUACAGGUCACAAUGAACAACAGAGUGCCUCCACUUCCGGACGCGACUGGAGACCACAUGAACAAUAAUACUAUAGUGCAGACAGAAGAUGGACAAGAAUUGAACAACAAUAUCAUGUCUCAGGUACACAGUCGGAACAACAUGUUGAUGGAUCUGAAUGAAGGAGUAUACAGUACAGCCACGUUGCCACUGAACCCACAGACAGAUGCCGAGUAUGAGGCAGCCUGUAAUAUGGUAGCAGCAAUGGAGGGGGAGGGAGCACCUGAUCCUCAACAGUACUCCAUGUCAUAUUGUGAUCCACAGUGUGUAGGUGGUCACAGAAGUCCAAACUCUGGCAGAGUUCGCUGUCUAUGCAGACCAUCGUGGGAGGGUUUAAUGGAUGUCCGUCCAUACAUCUCAGACUACUAUUGAUCUCAGCGUAUAAACAUACAUAGACAUACAUCAUCUAGAUUGAUCACAGCCAAUACUGCCUUCUCAGCAUAGUUGUCACAUGACUUUUUAGCUCGACUAUUCGAGAAAUUGGUGGAACUAUUGCACUCACUGACUCGUUGUCAACCGCUUCUGCAUCCUGAUUUGGUUUAGUAUUGUAUGUAAGCUAAUAUCUCAGUAACCACUUGUUUGUUUGUUUGUUUUGUUUGUUUUGGGUUUAACGCCGUUUUUCAACAGUAUUUCAGUCAUGUAACGGCGGGCAGUUAACCUAACCAGGUUCCUGGAUUCUGUACCAGUACAAACCUGUUCUCCGCAAGUAACUGCCAACUUCCCCGCAUGAAUCAGAGGUGGAGGACUAAUGAUUUCAGACACAAUGUCGUUUAUCAAAUAGUCACGGAGAACAUACGCCCCGCCCGAGGAUCGAACUCACGACCCCGCGAUCCGUAGACCAACGCUCUACCUACUGAGCUAAGCGGGCGGGCUCAGUAACCACUUGUGGGAAUGGAGUGAAACUUUAUACACCUGUACACUGUGAUGAUUUGAAAAUCAUUGCACAGGUUCCAUUACUCUGUUUUGAAAAUUUGUUCCCUUUUUUCAAUUUGGUAAUUUUUUUAAGAAAUUUGUAAGCUUGUGUGUCUGUAUCCACUAAUUGAAAUGGGUCAAAACUUCACAGACUUGCUUACUAUGGUAAUCUGACAUAAAUAACUUAUGUUUUGCUUUUUACAAAGUUGUGCCCCAUUUUUCUUCCUGUCAAUAUUAGUCUCUGAUCUCAUUAAGCCUCAUGGGAGGGGAAAGUUCUAUGACUCAAAAUCAUUGCCCAUUUUGUACUUGAUUAUAUUUUCAUUAUUUUAACUUCCUUUAGUGAUGAGGCUUUUGAAUAGUUUAGCCUAGCUGUUGUCUAACAACUCUUGUUUGUAGUGUUCUGUCUACUCAGCUGUCAGCACUAAGAUACAUUUUUGUGUAUUGCACAGCUUUUAAAUCACAUUUAACUUUUUAUUGUCACACCUAAGAUAUUACACGACUUAGUUUACAUGAUUAUUGUGAUGUUGAUGCUCAAUUUUUAAUACAAGUCCACAUGGACAAUAAGACUUGACACUGCUACUUACUCAUAGGAUUUUGUAUUGUGUGUAGCAUAUUAUUUUUGAACCAGUAAUGAGUAAAAAAAAGUAUAAUCGGCUAAAUUUGCACAAAACUUAUAUUUUGAUCAUCUCCUGUGAUCUUGUUUUUUGAUUUACAUGAUACAUACUACAUAGCCUGGGACGCCGUUGAUAAUAUUUGUGCGUUGUCAGAAGAAAUCAUACCUAAUAUUUAUGCAUUAAAGAUGCCACUUAAUUUGCGCUAAUUAGUGUUAAUUGGCAUUCGUCGAGUUUCUGAUAUUAUCAACGCCUGGGGAAAUCUGAAGGAGUUUCCAUGUCACUACUGAUUAUCGAUUUUCUAUAAUUAGCCUAAUUAACAUGUGAUCAUGUUUGCGCUUGUUUGAAACGAAAAUGAGGCAACGAUGCCGAAAAUUCAGCAAUUUUCAUAGAUUACUAGGUCUGCAUUAAUAUAACAUCUUGACAGCUAUGACGCAAAUUUAAGUUUAAACUUACAUAUUUUAAAGUUGUUACAACUUGCUGGAAAAACUAUGGGAAGUACAAAUUGGAAUUUUUCUCUAGUUCGGAACCUUCGGAAGUACACGAUUCCGAUCUGUCUUUUCUGUGAGAAUUCCGUUUCUAUUUUUAGCCAUGGAUUAUUGCUUUCAGAAGUUAUCGUUCUUUAUCAAACACCAGCAUAUUUCGGGUGAUAUAUAGGUGGCGCUGCGGACGGAAAACAGGUUUCCCCAGGCUGUCAAUUUGCAGGUAAAUAAAAUGUUAGAAAUUGUCAGACUGGAUUCCCAGGCUACAUACUACUAAUCGAUGCAUGACAACAAUAAUGUUAAACCUAAGUUUUCUGUGAAAUCAUCAAAUAUCAUGAUUUGGGUCAAAAUGGCUGACAUUUCUUUUGGAUAUGAAUUUGUAGACCUGUAUCAAAUUCGACAAUUAAUGAAUAGAAAUUUUGAUUAUUUUUUGAGGUUUAAUUUCGUGACUUGGUGAAACCACAAAAUCGACAAACAUUAGUUCCCAAAUAAAUUUAAUGAUGUCACAGUAUACAGAUUUAAAGUGUUUAAAGGUCUCCACAUGUAGUUCAGCACACAUCCAUUGUAUUUUCAAGCUGUUGAAAACUAAAACUGUGACGCACAUUUCAUUUCUGUAUUUUUGUUUCCUCUAAUCACAUACCUCAUUACUAUGGAUUGUGUAAUUCUUCUUAGUGGUUUUAACCCGUAUCAUGCUGGACACCAUUUAUUCUGCCUUUGCGACCAGUGUAGAUCAUGAUCAGCCUGCACAUCCAUGCAGUCAUGUUCUACACUGUUCUUGAUUCAGUAUGUUUUUGGUAAGCACCCCUUUAAACAGUUGAUGGUACUGUCCAAACUGAAAGAUGGACAAAUUCGUUAUAGAAAUUUAGCGGGGUAAGGGUUAAUUUUACUAAUAUUUAUGAAUAAUGCAGCUCAUGAAUUCAAGAGUUUUUGUGAAUUUUGAUGCUUGUAUCUUAUCUUUAACGCAAAACAGUUUCAUUUUGGGAAUUCUUAACACGCAGGAUGAUAACUAUGAGAUUGCUAAAUAAAGCCUUUGUGAAAAUCUAAAAUAUAUGGUAAGUAAUUUAACCUUUACCCUGCUAAUUUUGUAAAAUGGACUGGUCCAUCAUUCAGUUUGGGCAAUGCCAUUUAUUACUCAAAGGGUGUUCACUGAAAAUUUACUGACUGAAUAGCGAACAGGGCAGACCAUGAUCAGCCUGCAUGGAAAUCUUGGUCUGCACAGGUCGCAAAGGCAGAAUCACUUGCUGCCAGCAGGCUAAAAGUUAAAGAAACAUGGCAGCAUUGAAGAUGCACAUUAUAUGGGAAAAAUGUUUGAUUUAUUUUAUCAAUUAAGUGUAUGACUAUACUUUGUUACUUUUGGCUUUAAAUUAACAUGGCAUGUUUUAUAUCUAGUUUUACACUUGUUUUGACUGAUGAUACAUAUACAUGUAAAUAUUUAGGGGUACUAAUACAUUAUAAUUCUUAGAUCUGUGUUGUUUUUGUUCAUACAUAUUAUGUUGUUUUUGAUAUUUUGCUGUAAGACUCAUGUUUUAAGACUGAUUUUAAAUUUUGACAUUUUUUUAUUUUUGUUUUUACUGUUUUAUUUCAUUUCUCUUUAGUAGCAUGACUCCAAGUAAGUUUAAAUGUUCACUGAUAAGACCCAUAUAAUGUCUGCACUUCAGUUUUCAAGCGAAUAUUUUUACAAAGCAAGUCCUUGAAAAAAGUGGGGGAAAAAAUCAUAAGAAAUAUCAUCUGGCUUAACCAAGUGUUUGGCUUUUGUAAUAUAUAUCAGCAUCUUAUGCACAUUUAUAUGAAAGUGCUUCAACAGAUACAAGUUUGCCAAACACUACACAAAAUUUAAAUGUUUAACUAAACAUUCUGAAAAACAUCACCCUCUGAAAAUGCUCCAAUGAAAAUAGCCGUUUAGCAAUUACGCUUAUGUACUAGACAUUUUCUCAAUGAAUAAAACUAAAGCCUGGAAAUUCACAAUGAAAAUGGUCUAGAUCUUUUCUCAGUACAAAAAGCAAUAAAUCUAAGUCAAAAAUAUAACUGCCACAUCCUCAUAUGACUCAUUGGAUCGGAUUUCAUCAGCAGCAUGGAACUACAUUUUGGACUACUUCACACAUAACACUGAGUAGUCACUUCCUGUUUGGUGUAAUCAGUCCAUAAAAAAAAAAAAAAUCAUGUUUGAAUGAAAGAUAGAAAUAACUUUUACCAAUGGACUCAAGACUUAAAUUGUUCAGAUUAUUACAGAUCUGGUGAAAAUAUUUCAUCUGAUGUUUACUUGGUGAAAGAUAUUUGCUGUUACACUGAAACAAGCAAAUAUUACCUAUUACUUUCAUACCAAUAGUCGAUUUUACGUUUGUUAAUACAAGCUUAUUUCAAAUGUUUAAAAUCUUAAAACAGAAUGGUGCAAAUGUGUUGAUUAAAUGGAGAAAAAUUUAGUGCAAUGGAGUUUAAAUACGACUGUAUUUGAAUAACAGUUUUUACCAUUUGAGUGCAAUGCUGUUGACAUACAUAUUUAGUAUGCCACAGUUUCAAAGCAAUAUUGUGAAAAAAAUACUGAUAUUUUACAUCUGCAGAUAAAAUCUUUUGUACAAUGUUUAUUGAAAUUACACAUCUGUAUAGUUAACUGCAUUUGUUGGAUACUGCGUGAUAUAAUGGCCGUGUCAUGGGAAAACCAACAUAGUGGGUUUGCGACCAGCUCGGAUCCAGACCAGCCUGCGCAUCCGCGCAGUCUGGCCAGGAUCCAUGCUGUUCGCUUUCAAAGCCUAUUGGAAUUGGAGAAACUCUUAGCGAACAGCAUGGAUCCUGACCAGACUGCGCAAAUGCGCAGGCUGGUCUGGAUCCAUGCUGGUCGCAAACCCACUAUGUUGGUUUUCUCAUGGCAUGGCUCAAUUAUUAUAUUAAUUAUCUCAGUUGUGGUGAAAUCAUUGUUGGAGACCAAAUUUACUGGAGUUUUGAAAUCUUCACAUCUUAAUUUUACAGACAAAAUAAAAUGUGCAUGAAAAAAUAAAAUUGUCAUUAAAUGUACCUAUAAAUAUGAAAUCAAGCACUUCAUGCCCCUGUAAAAUGGACAAAAUACGUAACAAAAUGCCCCAGUGAAAUAGACAAAAUACGUAACAAAAUCCAGGAAAUUUACAGUAAGUAAAUCUUUGAAUGUAUAAUGUUUAUUGCACUUGUCUUAAAGUUGUUUACUUGUUUUUGUUGCAAAACAUUGUCAGAUUUCAAUUUCCUUGAUUUAUUUUUUUUUAUAUUUGCGCUCACUUUUUGAGAGAAUAAGCCUUUUGCAGUAAUAUAUUAUUCUUAGUCUCAUUUCCUGUUGCACUGGUCAUAUAUCAUCAGAUAGUGCUAACUGCCUUUUUUAAUGCACUGCAGAGUGAGAGGAAUUCACAUCUCUGUUUAAUUUUACAUAUGAUUAAAGGAUGAUUUAUGACUCAGCAAAAGAAGUCAGCAGUUUACUUAGCAAAUUUGAUACGAAGGGAAAAAGUUUUAUUUUUUACCAGUUUUGUAUGAAGAACAAUGGUUUGUUAGAGGGAAACAAAAUAGAUGAGGAUUUUUGAUAAUACCUGGUAUGAAAUUAACGCGUUUUAAAAUGAUAUACCCUCCCCACACACCCACACCCACACCUACAACCCCCUUUCAUGACUUCCAUCUGAUAAUAUAUCAGUGCUAAGGGAGGUAAUUUAUUAAUCCUUUUGUCUACAAUAUUACAGGUGCUUAAUUGUUGGCUAGGCAGUAGUCUUGAAUUUUAUCCUGUUGUAACUUAAAUGCUCAAAGAAUCAACACGUUAUCAUCAAUGUAACACUCAGUCCUGAAAGCCAGAAAGAUGUGGUUGUUUAUUAUUUACAUAUUUCGUAUUGUUCUUUUUUUUAAAUUGUGUAUACUGUGAAAUCAAGUGAUUUCAGGGGCAUUAAAUUCUGACAAAACUGACUAUUUGUAGAAUUCAAAUUCUGUCUGGAUAAGAUAAAUAGAAAAUUUGAUUAUUCAGCAGGAUUUAACUACGUCUAUUGAUGCUGUCACAAAACCCACGAAAAUAGGCCCCUGGGAAUAUUAAUGAUUUCACAGUAAUGUAUUAUUUUCUUACUUCAGAUCUGAAAAUAUUAUUUUCUCACCACAGCUCUGAAAAUGGAUGAGACGAUUGUGUAUAAAUGCAUGAAUGAAAAUGUACGAGGCUUACUGUCUCAAAAUUUGCAAAAAAAUGAAAUGUUUUGUCUGUGAAUUUGUUUAAAUAACUUAACACGUAGAUUUUAGAAGGGUAUGAUGUUUGGAUUUGUGUCAGUCACAAAAUGAUAUUUGUACAUAUUCAUCAGUCAUUGUUAGUACACGUAAUUUUUGUUAUAAAUACGUUUCUGACAAAAAGUUCAAUUUCUAAAUAAUUUCAGGUUACUGUAUAAUUAUAGGAAACUAUAUCAUUUUAAAAAAAGAACCAAAUUGAAUAGAUUUUAAAGGUCUCAUACUUUAGUUUUUUGUAUGAAUUUUAGGUAAUCGUUAAUUUUAUCUUCAUAUGAUAAGACUUUUACACAGACUUGUCACAUGAUAGUAUGUAGUCUUUUUUUUGUGCUUGUUAGAACUUAUUUCCUUAAAGUGUGUUCAGUGAUUUCUUGCUGGUGUUAGUGAGUAUUAAUGAAAUUGAAGGCAUGAUUUUGCAUUAUGGUGACAGAGAAUUGGAUUCAUUGAUUAUAAUUGAGGAAGUGUCCGAUCUUGCCGUCAUAGUGACUAAGCUUUUAUAUCGGUAAUAUGAGCCGCACCAUGAGAAAACCAACAUAGUGCAUUUGCAACCAGCAUGGAUCCAGACCAGUGCAGGAUCCAUGCUGUUCGCUUACAGUUUCUCUAAUUGCAAUAGGCUUUUAAAACGAACAGCAUGGAUCUUGACCAGACUGCGCAGAUGCGCAGGCUGGUCUGGUUCCAUGCUGGAUGCAAAUGAACUAUGUUGGUUUUCUCAUGGUGCGGCUCAUUUCUUUAGGCUUAUCAUUUAGCAUAGCCUAUAACUUCUACUUGCACUGAAAUUUAUGGCAUAUUCCAUAGACAUUGUUAACGAUUUGCUUUGAUCAACUACUAUAUUUGUUUGGUACUGCUUAAAAUAGAGCAUUUUUCGCCAGACUAAUUUAAUUAGAUUUGGGAAUGUUAUUCAAUUAAUAUGUAUACACAAGUGCAAAAGAAAACUGCUGAGAAAGUGUUACUGGCGGAAAAAAUUCAUUUAUGUUGAGCCCAUAUUUAGCAGUAUCUGAAAAUUUAACUUUUGACCCCAAAAUGGUAAAAAAAACUUUGACAUCACUAAUUUAAUAUAUAUUGUUGAUGACACUUGCACAUAUGAGUCUUUGCAAGUUGGGACAGCUCAGCAGAAUUUCAGGAUUAUAACUACCAGUACCAUAGGUCAAAAUUUUCGAUUCUAAAGCAUUCCAAACUCGAUCUGUCAUCAUGAUACGUUUGUCUGCAGUAGAAUUUGUUUAGAUUUUAAUAAAUCAAUGAAAAAUA